AUUUUCUUUUGCUUUUGGAAGCGCCGUUUUGCAAUGCCUGCCUUUAUAGUUAGGUAGGAAGGUAGGUACCCAGAAUGAAUGUUCCGCACCUGACCUCCUGGAGAAUAAUCAUGUCAAUGCCGGCUCCGGCACCGACCCGCCACUUCACCUCACCGCGAUGUGACCCACUCUUUUUUUCUCUUCCAUCUUCGGCCACGGCGUCUCCACAUUUGCACAACCACCAUCCAUCCUUUUUUCCUCGCCAUUCCAUCCCCGUCACACCCAUCAUUGUCGCGUAUCCAACGGAGAGCUGCACUUCAGAGUCACCGAUGCCAUCUCAUCUUGCCGGCCUCCCUCCACGGAACGUAACUACCGAUUCCAAUCAUUCUCGUCAUCACCACGACAUCUUACUGGUAUUUUCAUGCACGUUUCCGCCCCUCUCACCUCGCGGGCACGCCAACCUCUCAGAAACCGUGCAGCUUAACACUUACACCCACACGCCGGCAGGCCGCUCACAGCGUCCUUGAUUAGUCGGCCAAACUGUGGUGCCCCUGUUUGAAUCUCGAAUCGAGGAAGCAAACUAGUGUAGAUUUAUUUCUUCUCUAACUAGUUCCCCGUUGGGGUAUACUAUCUUUAGCCGCCCAUAUCGCUAGGUUCUAGUCGUGUCCACACUGAGGAGACACACAAUCACGCUCUAGCCUCUAACUAUACCAUUACGGACCCAAGGCACUGGCCCCAUCAAGCCGGACUGAAUCCUGAACACCAUGGCACCCCAACAGCGGAUUCAAAUCCCAGGGUACUACUACGGUACUAUACACACGCCCCUCACGAUCCUCCUCCUCUUCCCAGAUUCCGUCUUAGCUA